AUGAAUCGGCCAAGAAGAGAAGUAGACGUGGGCAGCUGCAGCUUGGGCGCCCGUGCGCGCCAAGAGGUCACCGCUGCCUGGGCCUUUGUGGCAGACUGUCCUGAGCGCAGUGCUGACCUUCAGUACGAAGCGCCUCCUGCUAUGACGUGGUACGCGAACACGUUCCCGGAAGUGAUCAUGGACCAAGGUUCCAGAACGAACACCAUUUUAGCAGCGCUGGAGGUGCAGAACCGCCUCGCGGAGCUGCAGCUGCCGCAGCUCAGUCGCCGCAUCAACGAAGCCGAGACCUUCAAGAUCUCAGUGCAGGUUGUGGCGGCGUCCAUCCUCGGGCUCUCGGACAACGGCCUGCUGACCCGAGAGCGCCCCCGCGUGAGUGCGGUGCUGGCCGGCGUGCGAAAGGAAACGGAAUUCGGCGACAGCGCGACGGAGGGCGAGUUCGAAGUUGCUGACGCGCCGCCUUGCGACUGGCGCUUUAACGAGACGUCCGGGGGCCGAGGGGGCCAUGGCUGGCGCCGCGCCCCGCAAAUCGCGGGCAGAUCAGCUUUGCGCAGCGGGCUCAAACGUCGCCGGUUGCUCUCGAUGGCUGCCCCGGAGGACCGCGUGAGCCGAAAGAGCUGGAACACGGGUUUCCAAAGGUCAGGAGACCGAGACGGGGAGCUGCGAGACUUGAACCGGAAGUUCGAGGACCUUCUGCGGAAGUGCGAGAAGGACAAGGAGCGCGCCGCCAAGGAGGGCGAGGAGGUGGAGGGCAAGUUCCCUGAGUGGUACCGGCCUCCAGAGUCGGGGGUCCAGAGCUGGCUGAGCGACCCCCCGCUGCAGAAGGGGCCCGUGGCGCAGGUGGACCGCCUGGCGGCGGUGAUCCACUCCCUGGAUUGGCCCUCGCGUGGGGGCUUCAACUGGUCCGUGUGCCUGCCAACGGGCAAGAGCGCCCUGCGGUGGAUCCUGGACGCAAACCCCGGCGUAUGCAGUCAGCCCUUCGUAAGGAGCGUAGCCUACCAAAGCGGCCCAGCCUUCGCCGUGAGCGCCUGGGCGAGCUGUUGGCUCCUCGCGAACCUGGCGCUGCAAGCGCCGGCCCAGGCCAUCCGGCGCUACGUGGACGCCAAGGCGAGGGAUUCGGGCGCCUACCUGCGGCGCAUCUUGCGGUCCCAGCUCCAUGGGACGCUCAGCGUGCUGGGAGCGCUGAGGUUGGCGCUGGGCGUGCAGCAAUUGGACCAGCUGCUGUGGGAGACUCUGAGUUGGGAGCACCAGCUGCUCUUUGGGAUGGCGGCGGGCCACAGCCUGGUGGCUCUGUGGGAGGACUUCUCCUGCCGGCACUGGAUGCACGGCGGCCUCGACGCCAAGAGCCUGCCAGGCGUGAGGGACCCGGCGCUCCUGGUGCUAAAAGGCUGGCUGCUGCAUCACCUACUGGUGCUGGUGGUGAUGGUAGCGCUGCUGCUGUGCGGCCGCCUGGCCGGGCUCGGGCUGGGGCUCCUCUGGGCGCAGCUGCCGUGUCUGCUGCUCAGCCGCCGGGACUUGGCGCGCCUGGCGGAGCUCACGUGGCUGCGGCACCGCGCGCAGGUGGCAGAGCACUGGCGGUUUACUUACAUCUUCUUCUUGGUCUCGCGUGCGCCGGUGGCGCUCUACGUCUAUGCGUUGACCUCUAUGGACCUGACAGACCUCAGCCUUCCGGAGGCUUGCCUCCUCCACGGCUGCUGCGGGCUUUGGGCGGCCUGGAGCGCGGCCGCUCUGCCGCUGCUGGAGGCCUGGAGCCGCCUGGACGGCGCCAGGGCGCUGCUCCUGCCAGAGGAGCUGGAGCUGGAAGCCGGCAGAGGCAAGGGAAGCGCCCCGCUGGACGUGUCGGCCAAACCUCUGCGGGAAGUGGAGGUGGCGGAGCUGCGCAGCGCCGCGGGCCUGUGGCUGGCCAUCGACGGGGUGGUCUACGACCUCAGCGAUUUCUCCCACCCCGGCGGGGAGGCGGUGCUCAAGCAAUGGGCUGGGCAGGACGCCUCUGCGGAGUUCCACCGGGCCUGCCCGGCGGCCAAGUGCCCCACGCUGGAGCCCAGCCUUUGCCGCUACCAGGUGGGAGCUUUGAGGCUUCCUCCAGAGGAGUAUCGCAUCUUCGAGCAUCCCGAGGAGGAGCAGCAGAUGCGGAAGCUCCUGCGCGCCUUGGCGCUGGGUCUGCUGGCCGCCGUGGCGGCCUGGGCCUUGGCCUUCGCGCAGCUCCAGGGCGCUGAACAUGGCGGGCCCGACGUCGGCGGGCUCUUGCCGAGGGCGGUGACCGCUUGCCUCGUGGGGGUCCUGGCGAUGCUCCUGCGCGGAAUCAAAGGUGGAGGGCUGCGGGCGCACGGCAUUGCGCUGCUUCUCCUCACGCAGCACCUGGCGCUGCCCAGUCUGCUGGCGAGCUCCGCGUGGCCGGGGUUCAACGCCAACGGCCUGGAGCUGCUGGUGGUGGCGCUGCUCUUUUGGGAGAUUUUGCUGGCCCCGGCCAUGAAGCCGCCGAUCCUGCCGGUGCUACUAUGCCUGGCCAGCUGGUACGACCGGGGCUUGAGCUUCUCGGUGGCCUGGUCGGAGGCGGCGGUGUACAUCCCCUGGCGCAAGGCGCUGCUCUGCGCGCUGAACGGCGUGCUGCUCACGCGCCUGGCCGACGCGAGCGGCACCGGCGGCGCGAGCGCCGCGGGCCUGGCGCUGCUGGCGCCCUACGGCGCGCUGGCGGCGCUCGCCUUGGCGGCGCUGGAGGGCGCGCCCGCGGCCACACCGCCGGUGGCCUGGCUGUUGGCGCCGCUGGCCAUGGCAUCGCUGCUGGCGCACGGGGCCGCGCUGGAUGUGGCCAUGAGGUGCUCGGGCCGCUUCGCAGUGCGCGCCGUGGCCUUCCUGCUGAGCCUCGUGAGCUUGGCCCAGGGCCUGGGCAACUUCCGGUGGCUGAUGGGCCUGGCGUGGCUGCUGCACUUCCUGGAGUUGGCGCGCCACAACCGCGCCACGUUGGACCAGGCCAAGGAAGUCUUCCACAAGGUCCCUUGGCACAUCGUGGGCGCACAGGCGCUGUGGGACUCCGCCCGGGUGGCGGCUCUGGGCCUUCUCUGGCGCUCCGUGGUUUGCAACUUGCAGCACCUUGUCACCGCCAUCCUGCCGGAGGGCUUGAGGGUCUACAGCUGCGAUUCCCCGGUGCCCUACUUCGGCGAGAAGGUGGCGAUGGGAAUCGCAGCUCAGUAUGUGCCGCCGCAAGCGCGGGGCAAAGGCCGGCAGCCCAACUUCUUCGUGUGCAACGUGGGGCAGAUCGUGGAGUCCUGUUUGCCAGACAUGCAGCACACCAUGAACACCUUGGUGGACGUCUGGAACGAGUUCCACGAGCCGAAGCUGCCGGGGCUCUGCGCCAACGUGGUGAUGGUCUUCCCGAGCUCAGAUCAGGGCCUGGCCAAGGAGAUCAACUUGUCGGCCUGGGAAAGCGGCAAGGACGCCUUCGAGUGGUACGUCAAGAGCCAGGGCCACAAGAAAGCGCUGAUGAUGCAGCACACCUCCGGGGUGCUGCGGACCUUUGGCAACUUGCUGGCCUCCCUCGAGCCCCGGGAGCAGCGGUUCCUGGACCGUUGCAGCACCUGCAGCCGGCAGGUGGAGGGCACCAUGGGCCAGCCAGCGCCAGAUCUGCGCCUCGCCUCAACCACGGGGGGGAGCUUUGUGGAGGUAGGGGAGAAGUAUGGGGACUACCUCCUGUUAUUUGCCCAAGGAAGCGCCGUAUCUGCGGAGUGCCUGCGACCCGAUCCGUUGCCGAGGCUCACCUUCACGGUGUCCGUGGCAGACGUGCUCGCCGGUCUGACGGUCCAGCUCUGGAUCCACACCUAUAGCGAUGUACGGCUGGGGCCCUUCCAGGUAAACCUCACGAGGGCGCGGGACAUCGGCGUGAGCUCGGUGGAGCUGCAGAAGCAGAUCCUCCCCGAGGCGGUGCCCGUGGAGGAGUCCGGCGACUCAACGCGGCAUUCGGAGACGCCCCGCAAGAAAGGCCCUGCGCAGAUCUGGGAAACACCAGUGCUGCCCUUCCCGCUCACGCACGUUGGGGGUUCCAACGAAAGCCCCGGGAACUUUGUGCUGGGCCAGGCCUCUGGUCACGUCCUCGCCAAGUUCACCAUGAACGCGGAUCCACAGGCGAUGCUGCAGCGCGCCACCCACGCCUCGCGGCCGCUGGUGGACCGCGUGGCCGACCCGUUCCGACAGAUCAUCGCGGCACCCGUGAGGUGGGUGGAGGCGGCCUCUGAGGCUGCCAAGUGUGACGGUGAGGACCUGUACUGUGGUGUGGGCCGCGGCUACCGAGAGCUGUGCACGCACCCGGACUCCCCGCUGGCGCUGGGGCCUCCUGUGAUUACCGACCUCCCAGCGGAGGGCUGGGUGAAGCACACAGGCCCCGACGGCCGGGAGUUCUGGCACCACCUGUCCCUGGGGCCUGCGCCCUGGGAUCGAGCCAUGGUGCGGGAGCGGCCGGUGAGCAUCAACGGCUGUAUUGCUGGCAUUGAAGAGGAUGCAGUGCUGCGGCUUCCGUCAAAGGAGAAGCCAGUUUUCAAGGAAGGCACAAAGGUCUUCAACUUGGACCUCAACAAGGGCGAGGCCCCAAGCGGCACGGGCUCGCAGCCGCUGGCGCGGCGCUCCAGCCGCAGCUUGGAGGGCCAGCAAUUGGCAGCAGCCCCUGCACCGGCGGGUCCUGUCCAGCGAAGCGACAGCCGACUGGAGGGGCAAGUGAGUGCGGAGCCCAACGCAGAUCUUCCGUUCUUGGGGCCAGAGGCACUUCGGGAGUGCGAAGCGGACCUCGCCUCGUUCGAUUGGCGCGAUUGCCCCAUCGCCGCGAUGGCGACAGAGAUGGCAGCCUUCCAUGCGGCGCUGACGCUUGAUCUGGGGGUGGAAAUUCGGAAUGUGCAGCCGGGCGCCGGCAUGUCGGAGAUCCGGAGCGCCUUCAAGAAGCGAGCGCUUGAGGUUCAUCCAGACAAGGGUGGCAGCCAGGAGGCAUGGCAUUUGGUCCGCACAGCCUUCGAGCAGUUGGCCGGAUGUGAGGAGGGCCCAAAGCGGAAGGCCCCGAAGAAGUUCAAGCACGAGCCCGUAGAGGCGACGGUUCAACGCUGGCUGGGGCAGCUUCCACGGGAGGAGCGGCACGAGAUGAUCAAGCGCCACUUCUCGCAGGCGCAGCGCUUGCUGCUGGAGCGCUGGAUCGAGCAGUCCUCGAAACCAGCGCAGCCUCAAGACACAUCCGGGACGCAGCGGAAGUGCCAGAAAGACCUUGGAGAGGAGGACAUGGGCCUGGUGGGCCAGAGUCUGAGGUGCAGCAGGAGUUGUGGUAGCCUCAAGUACCGAGCGAGCAUGGACAUCAUGGGUGUGGCUGUGUCCGCGCGCAUGUGCGACUUGCCGGCGGCCCUAGAGCAGCUGGUGAUUCUGGCUGCGGUGGCUCGGACGGGCAGACUUUUGGCCAACAGCAACCGGAUCAGCGGACACUUGGACAAAGACCUGAAAAGGGGCCUGGUGCCGUGA